AGUGAGGGCAGUCUCGUGCUGGCUGUGGACCAAUCAGGGCGUCUCUGGCUCCUACGAAGGACAACAGUUCUGAAGGAGAUGGCGCCCAGCUCGAAAUCAGAAAAGGACGACGGCAAACAGAAAGCUCAAAGAAAACAUAAAGACCAUGUCGUGAAGCUCCUCAUGCGUGGGAAGCUGUCAGGACAGUUUUCUCAGCGCCUGUUCAGGAAGCUCCCACCUCGAGUGUGUGUCCCAUUGAAAAACAUUGUCAGCGAGGAGUUCCUGAGAGCAGGACAUAUCUUUCUUGGCUUCACCAAAUGCGGCCGCUACGUACUGUCCUACACCAGCGAUUGUGGAGAAGAUGAUGAUUUCUCUUUCUACACCUACCAUCUCUAUUGGUGGGAGUUCAACCUGCACAGUAGACUCAAACAGGUCCAUCAUGUACGUCUGUUUGCAGGUGAGGAAAUCUACAGUGACCUGUACCUGACUGUGUGUGAGUGGCCAAAUGACCACUCCAAGAUUGUCAUCUUUGGCUUCAAUACACGCAGUUCAAGCUCUGUUCUGAUGAACUUGAUGAUGAGUGAUGAGAACAACAGAGAUAUCUACAUCACCAUUGCCUCCAUGCCUCCCCCUAAACCUUGUUCUUACUGCUGCCCAGUUCCCUCAGCCACCACCAUACGCACAGGGAGCGGUGAGUGUCUCGAGCAUGGCUAUGUGCUCAACAGCAGGUACCAGGUGGUGUAUCCGUUCCCCACUUUCCAGCCAGCUUUCCAGCUGAAGAAGGACCAGGUGAUCCUGUUAAACACUAGCUACUCUCUGGUGGCCUGCGGCAUUUCACUCUGCCCAGGUAAGCAGGGUCAGUCAUCGCAGAUCCUCUAUACAAAGAGAGCAGCUUUGUCAAGUCAAGCCUCUGCGUUUCUUUCCUCCACAUCCUUGGCCUCUUCUUCGUCACUACCUCAGGGAUCUCCUGAAAGCCGGCAGCCACCCAGUAGGCCCGCUCCGAUCCCCUCGUCUCCUAGCCAGUCACAGGCAGCCGUGAGAGCCCGGGAGUUUGCUGCCGACCUCUUCCGGCGGGCCCAGGGAGGAGGAGGAGGAGGGGGGAAAGAAACUGAGGGCCAGCAAGAGAGGAGAACAGCUGAUGGUGGUGAGAAACAGACAAUGCAGACACCAGGGAUAAAUGCAGAGAGGAGGAGAGAGGAGGAGGAAAGACGGACUAGUUUACCACAAGCAUCAACAUCAGGCGUGCGCCACAGUUUGCAUCAGUGCCCAGAGCAAGUGAUGUCUCCUGCAUCCUCUUCAUCAUCACCACCGUCCCCUCCAACCCCGUCCACGUCCCAGGAAGUCGGCUCCAGCGAGCCUGGAUAUGUAAAUUACUCACACCUGCACUACUGCCUCCAACAGCCAGGGACAGCAGAGCAGAAUACAGGAGGUUAUGAAGACGAUAAGGUCCAGCUGCCUUUCACAGUCACUGAUCUGAAAGGACGGAACCUGCAGCUGGUCACUGGGCCACACAAUGGACAGACUGUGUGUGUUGAGCAGUUGACUCUAGACUUUGAGUAUCUUAUCAACGAGGUGAUCAGGAGCGAUGCUGCCUGGGCCACUCAGUUCUGCUCCUUCAGUGACUAUGAUGUUGUGAUAUUAGAGGUGUGUCCAGAGACCAACACUGUGAUGAUCAACAUUGGUCUGCUGUUACUGGCGUUCUCCAACUCAGACGAGGAGCACUGCAGGCCAAACACCUACCAUUCCAACCUGCAGGUUAGCUGGGACCUAAACACAGGUGUAUGUUGCACCGUGGGUGUUGGUGACCUUACAGAGGUUAAGGGUCAGACCAGUGGGAGCGUGUGGAGUUCUUACAGGAAGUCUUGUGUGAACACAGUGAUGAAGUGGCUGGUUCCCGAGAGCAGCUCCCGCUACAUCAAUCGCAUGACCAACGAAGCUCUGCACAAAGGCUCAUCUCUGCAGGUGCUGGCAGAUAGUGACCGCUGUACCUGGAUUGUAUUAUGAAGAAAGAAGAGGGCCACAAGUGUCAGAGCAACAGGAACAAAAGUGUGCACAUACAUGUCAACAUGGUCUAAUCUUCAGUCUGGAGCCAGACCGUCACCAGAGAGAAACUGCACAUGUUCAGUGACAGCGCUUUGGUAAUAUGUAGUUAAAACUUGUGUCAAAUUGAAACUGAACCAGGACUCUAGAGGAAAUACUGUAAAGAUGAUUUUUUUUAGGUGGUCUGUUUAAUUUUGCAGGUUUCUUUUUUUAUGAUUGUGCACUGUAUUAUUGCAACCACCAAAACCAAGAGCUGGACUGAACAAAGUUUUAGUUUUUACCUUUUGUUUUUAUACAUAAAGGCAUAUUGUUAUUGUGGUGUGAAUGUUUUUGUUUUUUAUGUGUGUCUGUAACUGAACGUAUGCAAUAUCUGCAGCUGUGUGAUGCUGACAAAGCGAUUUCAUCCAGAGAAGUGUGUGUGUAUAUUUGUGUGUGUGUGUGUGUGUGCAUGUUUAAUGUGUAUGUAACAUCUGACAGAUUCUGCUGCUUCUGAACAAGUUGUUCCCUCAUCUGGCCUGGACCAAUUCAGUCUAGUUGUGUUCAUUCAUAAGACUGCAGUAUUUAAAGUGAGACCAGUACUGCAUCACUUGACUCUUGAAUUGUUUUUUUCCCCAAACCUAUGUCAUGGAAGUAGGGGGUUGUUGGGAGUCACCUACUCAGCUGGUUGACAUGCUGUAUGUUUACCGGCAUUGAAGUGAAACUGUUUUCAGUUGGAUAUUUUGUCAAAAUAAAACAUUUAAAAGA